AAACGGAAAUAGACAUGAGUAAUGUACCUUGCGAUUUGACAGGUUGUACACGAAAACUAAAACGAUAUAUUUGAAAUUUUGGAGAAGAAGAGAAGAUAAAAAAGCUUAAAUACAAGCAGGAGAAAGCUUAAUUUCACGUCUCUAUAGACACAGAAGGAUGUCUGUAUUUCCUUUUCCCCGAUAGCUCAAUCUGACGAUACGUGACUCGCAUUUCCUCUGCUAUACAUUUAAAUCCGUUUAUUUUUUGUGCGAUUAUGUCGAUGUAACGUAAUAUCUGUCACAAAAUCUGACUGUCAGGACUUUGGUAAAGAUGGCUUCACCUUUGAAGGAUUCAAAUACUGCACGGAAGCUGGUGGAAGGUCUUCAGGGGGACCUGAGAACGUUGUCUGCCGAGGGAAAGAGAAAAUACCCUCACGUUAAAGAGGCAUCUGAGCAAAUCCAGCUGAAGUUACGCACAAUAUGUGCAAAGAGUGAAGAUUUAAUGUCAGGACUAGUGCCAGCAAGUGCAGAAAUCAUUCAACCAUUUGUAAUGGGCUGUGACACAAAGAAUCCAAAGAUUGUCCACCUCUGCCUCACAGCAGUGCAGAAGCUGAUCGCGCAUGAAGCCAUUUCUGUGACUGCUGCGGACAACAUUCUGGGCAUGCUGUGGAAUCUCAUGGAGGCGGGGCUGGAGGAAUUAAAACUUCUACAGACAGCCAUCAUCUUAAUCACAACAAACUCAGUCGUGCAGCAUGACUCGCUCUCCAAGGCUUUGGUGUUGUGUUUUCGCCUCCACUUCACAAAGGACAGUACAACCAUCAACACCGCGGCCGCCACCAUUAAACAUCUGGUCAGCUGUGUGUUUGAACGAGUGGUCACAGAAGACAAGGUCCCAAUUUCAGGUCAGACUAGUGCUGUUAAUUUGGAGGAGCUGAAGACCCACAGUAAGACCCCGCCCCAUUCCCUCAGGCCGUGUGCUGGGGAUGCCUACCUUCUGUUUCAGGACCUGUGUCAGCUAGUGAAUGCUGACCAGCCGUUCUGGUUGAUCGGGAUGACGGAAAUGACUCGCACAUUUGGACUUGAACUACUGGAGGCCGUCCUGACCUCAUUUCCACAAAUAUUUUUACAACACCAGGAGUUCAGUUUUCAACUGAAGGAGAAAGUAUGUCCCCUAGUAAUCAAGCUGUUCUCUCCCAGCCUGAAGUUCCGUCAGGGCAUGCCCCCACCUCCCUCUCCUGCCCCCGUGGAGAGGCCAUUCUUCCCCAUCGUCAUGAGGCUGCUGAGGAUUGUGUGUGCUCUUAUCAAACACUACUACAGAAUACUGGUAACAGAAUGUGAGAUUUUCCUGUCUUUAUUGGUCAAAUUUUUGGAUUCUGAGAAACCAAACUGGCAACGAUGUUUGGCUCUAGAGGUUCUUCACAAACUCAGUGUUCAACCAGAUUUACUGAGGUCUUUCACCCAGAGCUAUGACAUGAAACUUCACUCGACAAAGAUUUUCCGUGACAUUGUGAACGGGAUGGGGACGUAUAUACAGUCUCAGUUUAUGAACUCUGCUUCAGGCACCACCUCAUCCGGUAACAAGACACCAGACACACACGGCACCCCUCCUGCCCUGGUAGGGGGAUUACCUGUGGGUGGGGGUGUGACCCCACAGCCUGCUUUCAUGUACAGAGGAGUCUGGAUCCCUAUUGUUUUCACAGUACCAGCGGGACAGGCCAGACCCACAUAUUUAGAGAUGUUGGAUAAAGUUGAACCCCCAGCUAUCUCCGAUGGUUACGGUUUGUCUUUGGCGUUUUACUGUUUGCUGGAGGUUGUUAAGAGUGUCCGUAUACUGGUGAAGGGGGAACUAGAAAAUGAGAACCAGUCACCAACCAUCACCAUCAGGAAAGACAUCUCUGCUGAAGAGCGAGGAUUGGAUGAGGAGCUGAUCAACUCUUCGUGGUGCGGUCUACUAGCUGCACUAUCUCUCUUGCUGGAUGCCAGUACUGAUGAGAGCGCCACAGAGGCUGUCCUCAAGUCCAUGAAGAUGUUUGCUGAGUUGUGUGGGGAGCUUGAGAUGACCACCCCCAGAGAUGCCUUCAUCACUGCUCUGUGCAAAGCCUCCCUCCCGCCCCACUACACGCUCACCAUACUUAACUCAACAGCAGCAUCUCAGAGUCCCGGUCCACACACAAAGGCUGGUCACACCCAAACUUCUAGUCAAGAUUUUGCUUCCUUAGCAACAGAGUCUGUGGAGCGGAGUCAAGUAGUUGCCGUGGGAACACCACUACCCACCGCAUCACUUCCUGUUGGGGCACAUCAGGGACCAGUCAUGUUGACAGCCAAGAAUAUCCAGUGUAUGAGGUCCCUAUUAUCUGUGGCUCACUGUAAUGGAGGAAUUCUGGGAACUGCUUGGCAUCUGGUGCUAACCACAUUACAACACUUGGUGUGGAUUUUGGGUUUAAAGCCUUCCUCAGGAGGAAGUUUGAAAACUAGUCAACAGAUAUCAGAUAGUUCAAACGCAGUGAUAACUACAGCUGUGAUGGCAGACCUUCCAGUCCUAGCAUCAAUGUUGUCCAGACUCUUUGAAAGCUCACAAUAUUUGGACGAAGUUGCCCUUCACCAUUUGAUAGAUGCGCUGUGUAAACUGAGUAGUGAGUCCAUGGAGCUAGCCUACACCAACAGAGCACUCUACUUCUCUUGGGAUGCAGAACCGUCCCUAUUUGCCGUCGCUAAGCUCCUGGAGACAGGACUAGUUAAUUUACACCGAGUGGAGGUGCUAUGGCGACCAGUCACCAAUCACCUGCUAGAGGUGUGUCAGCACCCCCACCAGGGUAUGCGAUGCUGGGGGGCAGAGGCAGUAACCACAAUGGUGAAAAUGGCUCUCAGUCACAGGUAUGACACGGAGCUCCACCUCAAUCUGAAGCUACAGUCGAUGAUCCUAGGCCCUCUCCAGGAGUUGUCCUCCAUACCACAGCCAGACAUCAGGCAGAGACAGCUGGAUUGUGUGCUUCAGAUUCUACACAACAACGGGGACAAGCUGGUCCACGGCUGGCCCCUCAUCCUGGGGGUCAUAGGGGCACUGAAUAACGACCAGGGAGAGAAGUUGAUUCAGACAGCAUUCCAAAGCUUACAGCUGGUUGUCACAGAUUUCCUUCCCAUCAUUCCCUGUGUAUAUUUACAAAAUUGUGUUGAAGUUGCUGCCAAAUUCGGUCUUCAGAAUCGAGAGCUCAAUAUCAGCCUCACUGCUAUAGGACUGCUGUGGAACAUCUCUGACUUUUUCUACCAAAACCGACAACGAAUUGAGAGUGAGUUGAAGACUGCCCAGUCUGAGGGGGGUAAGGAUGGCAUUCCCCCAUUCGAUGCCCUGUGGAUGUGUCUGUACAUGAAACAGGGUGAGUUGUGUGUGGAUCAGAGACCAGCAGUCAGGAAAUCCGCAGGGCAGACUCUCUUCUCCACCAUCAGUGCCCACGGCGGACUGCUGCAAACCAACACCUGGAAGAAGGUGCUGUGGCAGGUUUUGUUUCCGUUAUUGGAGACUGUACAGAAGUUGUCAAGCACCGCAUCAAAUGUAAAAGAUGAGGCUGCCACUGGAAAUAUCUUGAUCCACCACUCACGAGACACUGCUGAGAAGCAGUGGGCGGAGACCUGUGUCCUAUCAUUGGCUGGUGUUGCUCGGACGUUUAAUGCCAAAAGGAAAAUCUUACAAACCAUCGGUGACUUUCCCAGAGCCUGGUCCCUCUUGUUGGAGUAUAUUGAAAAUAAUGCCAUGUGUAACAACGCAGAAGUGUCCCUAGCAGCUCUCAAGUCAUUCCAGGAAAUCCUACAGAUGAGCACCGAUCCAAAAGACAAAUCAGAUGACCUUCUGACCUUAAUGAAGCCUCCCUCUGAGGUGGUGAUGUCAAGAUCAGAAGAUAACAGCAAGAUGUUGCCAAGGACAACAAGCGAGGAUAGUGACCUUGACCUGGCCUUGUGGACGGCUGCAUGGAAAGUGUGGUUGAACAUUGGUACCAGUGCCACCAAACCACCACCUACUGGGGGCAAAAUGCCAGACCGAGCGGUAUAUGUACCCUCGCAGGCAUUUCUCACGGCCCUGGUGCAGACUUUCCCACCAUUGUUUGAACACAUCAAGUCAAGGUUUGUGGCAGCAGACCUGCAGAAGUUGUCCACCGUUCUGAAGACUGCCCUGUGUGUUCCGGUUCAUGGUGAUGCCUCUCCCUUCAUUAUCCCUUCAUUUCCCGAUGUCACCACUACUCCGCUACAGGAGGCCACAUUAGCUGCCAUGGAAGUUCUUAUCAAGACUGUCCAGUCGGGUCCGGAGUCCAUGCAGUCUAUGUAUCCUAACAUCUUUGAUCAGAUGCUGACUUUCAUCGAAUUUGGUGUCCGAGUUCCUAAGUUCGGUCAGCUUGAUGCCAAGGCUUUUGGCGCAGUUAAAGGCCCACAGGUGGACUGGGUGACCAUGAACUUUGUUCCGUUUGCGGAGAAGUCUGUGGAUAUUGUCGUGGAUUUAUAUGGCUUCACUGCCAGACAUCCCACGGUUGUUCAGUCUCAAGUUCUCCAGAAAAUCAUACAGACUUUUCGCCUUCCCCUGAGCUAUAAAUAUGCCUGCCCCUCACCCUCCACAUGGAUGCUGGUCAUCAACUCCCUUCUUACCGUCCUAGGGGUGGGGCUACCUGUUGCCAGGAAACAAGGCUCAGCUUUUCAGGGGAUGUGGGGUGAACUGGCCAAAACCUUAGAGGAAUUUCUGUUUCCCAAACAAUCAUCUCCUGCCACUCUGUCGAUGGAAGAUUUCCAAAGAGAUGAAACCAUUGACUGCAAGGUAGUGCAGCUGAUCCGAGAUGACAUCUUGCCAUAUGCAUCAACAAUUCCCCCAGAGUUUGUUAAACAUAUCAUGAAGCUCCUCAACAAGGGCUCCAUACAUUCCACGUCAUCAGAUUCAUUCAUCGACACAGACUCCAGUCGCAAACUGAGGGAAGAAUUUGCCAAGACCUGUUUUGAAACUCUUCUCCAAUUCUCAUUCAUCAACAAAUCAAAGAAUGACGAGGGUGCAAUAUCCAAAAUGGCAGUGAUGUCACUUCUUCAGCGGUGUCAGGACGUGGUCCGCAAACACGUGGAGGACGAGCGUCUCAGUGGGAAAUGUCCGUUACCCAGACCCAGGCUAGCUGAAAUGGCCUCAGUCCUGAAGGCAAUAACAACACUGCUGAAAUCCCUUAAACAAGCACCACCUGGGAAUGUGGAGAAGCCAGUGUGGAAGAUGGUACUGCACCUGUAUCCAUGUCUGGUGGACUGCACAACCUCCCCCUCCCCCAGCGUGUGUAAGGCACUCAGGGACGCCCUCCAUGAGUACGCAGACCUUCUGUCACCACCAACAUCAGCCAUCACAAACGGAACCACCUGACCCGUGAACGAACAAAGAACCCAGAACAAAAUGUGGAACCAGACUGGAGGUCCAGCCCUGGUGUAAAAGUGUAGUCACCCCUGUUAUUUAUGGUGGAAGGGAUUUAACGUGAGGCAGGACACAAUAGGCAUUUAUACUUAAAGGGACACAUUGUCACGGUUUAAGUACUAUGUAACCAGCCAAUUAAGACUGGUCGUAAGAGUAUAAUUAAGAAUCUGCCACAUAACAAAUGUUUUUAAAUGUUGGAGCUCAAGGUGAUUUGGCAUAACUUGCUUCAACAUUAAUCAUUUCUGUCAUGUAUGCUAGUCUUGCAAUUCAAUUUACCUCAUGAUGAAAUGCUGCAUUAGAUUUUAUAGUGUAUCCCAGAAUGCAUUUGUGAUGGAAUAAGAUUUUGUCAAACUGAUGUGAAUUUCCUGUUUAAUAUUUUAGAUUCAGUCACAUGACAUGAUUUUGAGUUUGUAUGAAUUGAGAAGAAACCAUGCUUUGUUGUAAUUAAUUUCUGAAGUGGAUCAAAGAUCCAAAACAUAUUAUGCAAAUAUUGGAGGGGAGCUCAUGGAUGAUAAAUUUAUUUUUUGAUGUACCUGCAUGCUGAAGACAGAACCGCAUUUGAUUAUAUGUACCUGUUAAAUGUCAUUGUUAAUGUCUAUAUUAAAAAUAUUUAUACACUACA